GCGCAGACCGGACAUGGACCUAUCUACCUCCUAACCAUGGACCCCAAAAAGAACACCAUGACCAGAGAAGACGCAGCCAUGUCCAUCCAGGCCUGGUGGCGCGGCACCCUGGUGCGCAGGACCCUGCUGCACGCGGCGCUCCGCGUCUGGACCAUCCAGUGCUGGUGGCGGCAGGUGCAGCUGAAGGUGCUGACCAAGAGGCGGCAGAUGGUGCUGGAGCACUACGCCCGGCAAGAAUGGGCGGCUGUCAGAGUGCAGGCCUGGUUCCGCAUGUGGCGAAUCCGAAACCGGUACUGCCGCCUGCUCAACGCCGUUCGCAUCAUCCAGGUCUACUGGCGCUGGCGCAGCUGCCACACGCGCGGCUUCAUCCAGGGCCACUAUGAGCUCAAGGCGAACCUUCUGAAUCUUCAACUGGAAAUCUCCUUGGGGUCUCAGGCUUACCGGGUGACACAGCGCAUACCUCUUCCAAUAAAGGAGUGACCAGGUCUGCUGUCA